AUUCUACUCACUUGCACCCUAUAUUUAUCAUAUAUGAAAAACUCUCCAUAUCUCUCAAAUACAGCCUCUUAAUGGAAUAUGUAGGAUGAAAGCACAACGAGGAUACAAAUCUACUUGAGCAAAUUCACCACAUGAGGUCCUGGAAUUUCAGCACUUUAUAGCGUACCAACUUCAUAAUGAGGAUGUUGAUUGUUGCAUAAAUCUCAUAUUACAAAUCAAUUUCUAGAUUUGUCUGUUAGCAUAUACUAAAAGUAUCGAAGUCCAAAAUUUGAAGGUAUUCAUAGGGUCACCAGAGGACCCAGAAUAAUUGUGAUAUUGUUUGGUACUUUUUUGUGGGUCACACUAUUUCGUAUCAAAUUUAAAGGAUUGUUACGUCGUAUUUCCGCUGAUUAAAAAUUUCAUUCAUGGUCAAAUUUAGGAAAAGCGUUUACUGUUUGCGGCAUUUUGAAAAAAACCCAGCUGUUUAGCUGGUCUUGUGUCCUCACAGUUGUAAGACCGACGGGAGUUCAAUAACAAAUUUUCGACUUCUAAAAGCGUUUCUUUGCUUCUAAAUUUUAAUUAUUCACCCACCAUACAUCCCCACAAGUGUAACCUAUCGACAGAGCAGUUUGAAUAGUAAAAAUGUUUCUGAAUACUUUGUCACCUAAAUUUUAUGUGGCUCUAACAGGAACAAGCUCCUUAAUAUCGGGGCUUAUUUUGAUUUUUGAGUGGUGGUACUUUAAGAAGUACGGAAAGUCGUUUAUUGAGCAAAUUUCUUGGACCCACAUAUAUCCACUCAUUGGUGGAAGUGAUGAAGAUAAUGAAUGUGAUAGUGUGGAAUCUAAUGGUCACCUAGCGUCUACGCAAGAGUGUAAGGUGUGGAGAAAUCCUUAUAGUUUGUUUAGGGGGGCGGAGUAUCGAAAGUUUUUUCACGAAACAGGUCGUGACCCCCUGACGUAUUAUGAUAUGAACUUGUCUGCUCAAGAUCAUCAGACAUUUUUCACAUGUGAAGCAGAUGGCGGAAAGCCCGAGUAUGAAAUUAUGCAACUUUCAUGGAGAGAGAGAAAUCACGAAGAAAGAAUCAAGAAGACCAAGGAGGCCUUGGCUAAGAACCCUGAGUGUGCAACUGCAAUGAUCUUGCUUGCAGAGGAGGAAUGCUCCUACAUCGUAGAUGUAGAGAAAGUAUACAAACAAGCAUAUAAAGUUGCUGAGACAAAUCUUCGUCGUUCUCAACAGCUUCAAAACCACAGUCCAGCACAUGAAUCAAUGUAUCGGAGAGAUAUACAUGCAUUUGUUUUCAUUCGACGUCGACUUGCAAUGUGUGCAAGAAAAUUGGGUAAAUUGAAAGAAGCAAUAAAAAUGAUGAAAGAUCUUAUAAAGGAAUAUCCAAAUUUAAAUCUUUUCAAUAUCCAUGAAAAUCUUAUUGAAUGCUACCUAGCUGCCCAGCAAUAUGCUGAUGCUCAGGCUUUCCUAGCUAAAUACGAUGGUAGGUUCUUUGAAAAUAAGAUAGUGAUCAUAUAUUUUAAUUAUUUAGUGGCUACUCAAUAGAUAUUGCAGUAUUUUGUUAACUGUAUAGCACAUAAUGUUCAUUUGGCUUAAUUUUCCUAACCGAUAUUUCCACCGUUACUGUUACCUUGAAAUGGGGAUAGCUUUUCCUACCUCCAAAAUAAAUCGAACACUGGACAGAAUUACACAAAGAAUAAUUCAAAUGGUCUCUUGCCAAAUCAACGUCGAGCACUUUCUAAUAUACUUUUUGGUCCGUGACUACUGACCCACACAACAAAGCGGAGAUUCAUAAAGAAUUUCAACUGCUGGAACGUCACCAGUCUUAAAUGACUAACUUUUAGCCUUUUUUGGGGAUAACGGAGAACUUUUGGCUACGAGACUGACUAGCUCGUUGAAAAACUUUUGAGUAACAGAUUGUCCUAUCAUUUCGGAAUGAAAAAUCUUCGUCCCUACCUUUACAAAGAACUUAAAUAAUUUUAUUAUUAUCAUCUCGAAGGCUCUGUACACAUAUCUCUCAAACAGGAUGGAUGCAUACGCCAUCCUCUCUCCUUUGUUUCAGCUUAACAAUAAGUUCUAUAGAGUACUACUUCUGAUGCUUUUGCUAGUUCUUAAUAGUUUCAUCUCGUUGUGCUAAUAUUGGAUAGCAACUUGAACCGAUGCACAUAUGUGCUGGUUUCUGCGUUGCAUUUGACUGACUUUUAGGUAGUGUCUCCCUAUAUACAAUACUUCUUUUCAGUUUUGGCAUCGAUGUCAUUCCGUAAACAGCUCUAAUGAAGGGAAGUGGUAAUGUAAAUUUGCUAUUCUGACAUACAUCGUCUUGCUGUGCGACAACACAACCUGUCCAAAUCACAUUUAAUCAGUUAUCUAUUGGUUUCCAUAAGUAGGGUAUGUAAUUUACAGUUUCUGAAUGUAUAGUACUUCUAUAAGACGAGUAGACGCUCUUUGAAGGUAUAGGAUCGGAGGAAUGCAAAGGAUGUAACAGCAUUACUGGGAUCGAUUUUCAGCGGUCACCAAUGGGUCUCUAACUUUAUUCUUCGACCUUGGCAUGAACUCGAACCACGAAAUCUAUCUCCAAGCACGACUCAAGUCAACAAUCGUUAACGUCAUAGACUGAUUCUGCGUCCUAGAUUUUGAGGAAGUCUUAUCUCUUGUAAAAGCUGCAGUGACAUCUGUUAGCAACCUAACCUAAAAGACUAAUCAAGGUUAGUGUAACUCGAAGGCCACUACCAAGUUAUUGGUUAUUUUCAUCCUGCAUCACCGUUUGUUGACUAAGAUAGUAUCUGGAUUCGAAGAGCUAGAAAUUGUUCCGUAAGACUGGUCACCAAUUUCAAUUUCUCAAGUAUUUGAAAAAGUAUAGUUUUUGAAAAAAAUACACCAAAUUAAAUGACCAGUGUUGUGAUUGAAACAUCAACUGUUAUCAUUAUUCAUACCUUUGACAGAGCUCGUGGUGAUCAAACCCUAGGAAAUUAGACUGGUUUAAGACCUGGACAUAUACAUUUGGAAACAAAAAUUCUUCAUGGGGUUCAAGAGCAUAAGCAUACUUAAAAACUCAAUAGCCAUCGUAUUUCUUGACCUCAUUGAUCGAUAAAUUUUAUGUCAUUUUCUGUUGUCGAAAGGUCUAUUAAAAGGGAUACAUCAAUCUUCUAGAGACGUUCUAAUCAAACACGUUUAUUUAUAUCUGAUUUAAUUUAUUGUCUAUUUGGUUCUACAGUUAUUUUUUUCUCCAUAGCACUUUAUGAGCAAAAGUAUUAUGAAACUAGACUAACUGGAGUAAUUGGGAAAUAUGCUACGUUUUCACAGAGAUGCAUUUCCUAAAGUGGAUGCGGUCAGACUAAUAGGUGAUAUUAAUCUAUUAAGCCAUUAGCCCUUUCUGUGGUCUGUGUUCGCAAGUCCAGGCGACAUUAGCUCCUCUAUGCAAUCGUAAUCAAAUUCUAUGGAUGUGAGCUAAAAUCGAUUUUAGGUGAAGUAGACCCAUUCAUUCUUAAUCUUUCUUUAAAUGGUGAAUGUAACGUUAUUUUACACAAAUUCUUUCGCAGCUCAGUCCGUUUUUAUUUGAAAAGUAUAUUCUCAAUGUCCUGUUUAUUGAUGUUAACGUUUUGAAUCCACUGCUCUUCCUGUUGGUAAUUUUUUUGAUAAUACUUGCUUGAAGUAUAAAACUUCAGACUAACAUAGUUUUAUUUCGCUCCAUUUCUAUCCUUUUUCAGAUAUCAACUAUCCGAAAUCAGCUACUAUAUGUUACACUGCAGCUUUACUUAAAGCCAGACAAGUAUCUGAAAAAUUUUCUCCGGACUUAGCGUCACGUAGGGGUUUGAAUGCAGCUGAACUGAGUGCUGUUGAAGCUAUUCAUCGGGCUGUUGAAUUUAAUCCACAUGUACCAAAAUACCUUCUUGAAAUGAAACCUCUAAUAUUGCCUACAGAGCACAUUUUAAAACGUGGCGAUUCUGAAGCCAUAGCAUAUGCAUUUUUUCAUUUAGCUCAUUGGAAAGCUGUAGAAGGUGCAAUUAAUUUAUUAUAUUGUACAUGGGAGGGAACUUUUCGACUCAUUCCAUAUCCUCUAGAAAAAGGAAACCUCUUUUAUCCUUAUCCCCAUUCAACUACAGCGACCGAUCGAGAACUUUUACCAAGUUUUCAUACACUAUCUGUGUAUCCGAAAAAAGAUGUACCAUUUUUUAUUCUAUUUAUUGCGGCUCUAUGCUCUUUAACAGCUAUACUUACAUGUUUAACUCAUGUCUACCCUGAACAAAUGGGAUCACUUUCUAGUAAGACUCUCAACUGGUUUUUCAGUCCAAUCAAUUAUCUAUUGGAAAGACUAGAAGGAUUGCUACUUUUGCUAGCUCCAACAUCUGCUCGAAAGCUUUUAACUUAACCAACUUAAUAUUAAUUCACAUUCUAAAGCAUUUUUGUCCUCCAGAUGCUAAUUGUUUCAGUCUUAAUGUCAUUAUGUUGCUUUUUCGUUGUUUAUUUCUAUUGCAAUACCGUUGUUUUGUACGGUACUUACUUUUCUGAUAUUUCACUAAUAUCAUAAUUAGCUUUAAACAACUUUUAUUUGUGUUUUGUCCCCAAAAGUGUAGUCCGCAAUUUACUAUGAAAAAAAUAACUUGCAUUUUUUAAAA